CUCUGCUGCAUUAGAAGAAAUAAUACAUCAAUCAGUAUACGGUCGAGGUCGGGGUACCUGGGUACCUUGGAGACCUAGGUACCUAGGUACUUAUUGCUGGCCCGGGUACGGGGGACCCCUGCCAUCGCACAACUCCAUCUGACAGGACUGACGUAGCGCUGGUCAGGGGCUGAGGCGGAGCUCCAGUGCCCCUCUGUGGUAGUUCGCAGCCGGCCCUCUACUGUCCAAACCUCGUCCCAGACCGCACGCAGCCUCUGGGUCUGAUGUCGCCAACAACCAGCCGACAGGACCCCAAGACCCAGGCAACAUGGCCUCGUUCCUCCGAGGAAAGCAGGCGGGCAUGCAGAAGGACCUGUCUGCCGCCAUCCUCCCGCACCUCUUCGCCCCCGACGAGCAGGCACGCUUCGGCAUCAACUCGCAGAUCAGCUGCCUCGCCUACGAACCGGUCCAGUCCCUCCUCGCCGUCGGCACCAACGAGUCCAGGUUUGGCAGCGGGCAGAUAUACGUCUUUGGGCAGGGCAGGAUACAGAAAUACUUCCACCUGUCCAAGCCCGGGUCCAUCCGAAGCCUGCACUUCUCCGCAAAUAGGCUGAUCAGCCUCAACAGCAGGGGCGAGCUGACGAUAUGGGAUCUCGACACGGGCAAGAGGAUCGCCGGGGGCUCAUGUGGCAGCGCCGUCGUCACCCUCGUCACAGACCCCAUGCUCGACUGGGCCCUCAUCGGCCAGUCAACCGGCGAGGUCUCGGCCUACGACCUGGACCGCGAGAGGAUGUCUCCCUUCCGCACCCCAAACUUCUGGCGUGAGAAGGACCCAAAGUCCACCAUGGCACACCUCGUCUCCAUGCAGCUACACCCUCGCGACAUCGGCAAGUUGCUGGUAGCCUACACCCACGGCGCCGUCAUCUACUCCUUCAAGCAGAACCAGCCCACCAGGUUCUUCGAGUACGUCUUGGCCCCCGGCGCCCCCGGCGGGAACUCGGACAACGUCGACUCCCUGCGCAGGCCCAGGCUGCUACAUGCUGCCUGGCACCCCACGGGCACUUUCGUCUUGACCGCCCACGACGACGGCAGCCUCGUCUUCUGGGACCCCAAGGACGGCCGGGUCGUCAUGGCGAGGUCCAUCUACGACAUGGCUGUCGACCAGGUCACUUCGACUCCUCCGCCUCAGAGGCUCAUCCAGCCCUUCACCAAGAUCUCAUGGUGCUGCAAGGAGAACCCGGAUGAUACUGCCCUCCUCAUCGCCGGGGGCCAGGCAACCGACGAGCCGCAAAAGGGCUUGACCUUCCUGGAGCUGGGCCAGACCCCCGUCUAUGCUACCUCGUCCUGGCAGGCACUCAGCGACCACUUCAAGGCAAAGCGCCAGCAAACUCUGCCCAUCCCACCAGGCACCGACGUGACCAACUACUGCCUGAUCCCACGGUCAUCGCCUCACUUUGCCGGGGCUCAGGACCCGCUCGCCAUCCUGGCAACCCUCUCCUCGGGCGAGCUCAUCACCAUGAGCUUCCCCUCCGGAUAUCCAAUCAGCCCCACCAACCAGCUCCACCCCUCGCUGUCCUUCGUGCAUCCCUUCGUGACCAAGGUCGCAGUCUCGACUCUUGACCGGGGACGGUGGCUGGGGAUGAUAGAGAAGCGCAGCAAAGGCGAGGAUCUUGUCAAGGGGGGCGCCGAGGCCCCGAAGCCGCGAAGGCGAUACGAGGGCAGAAAUAUCAUACAGGUGGCCCACGCCGACAGCACCGUCCGCCUCUGGGAUCUCGGCCACGCCGAUGAGAUAGAGAAUCCCGCGCAACUGCAGGUUGAUAUCGCCAGGGCUCUCGGCCGGUUCGAAAACGUAGACGUGUCUGCCAUGCACCUAGCACCAACCACUGGUGACUUCGCAGCCGGUACCACCAGCGGUGAUGUUGUCAUCUACCGAUGGGGGGGAAACCACAACUUCGGCCAAGAGGACACCAAGCAGCUCGAGAGCAAUCCUGGCGGCCUGGUCGACAUCAGCUCGAGGACUGAGCCUUCUUUGAAGGAGGGUCUUCAGCCAUACGUCCUGUACGAGACCGGGCAGGGGCCAGUCACCGCCCUCUGUGUUUCCGAUGUCGGAUUCGUAGCUGUUGGUUCCGAGGGCGGUUCUAUCAGCAUCAUUGACCUGCGAGGCCCAUCUGUCAUUUUCAAGGCGUCCGUGGGAGAGCUCGCACAGAAGGAGAAGAGGUCGUCCUUCCUCAGGGGCCACUCGAGCGCUACCGCCACAAAGGACCACCCGGUUGUGAUUGAGUUUGGAAUAAUGACACUCGAUGAUGACAAAUACUCUAGCAUCGCAUGCUUCGUGGGCACCGCUCAGGGUAAAGUGGCCACGUUCAAGCUCCUGCCCUCUGGAAACAGCUAUUCGGUGGAGCUGGCCGGCGUUGCGAGCCUUGGCGACAAGAUCAUCGCGCUCUGUCCGAUCCAGGCUGACACCGGCCGGCCUGCUGCAGCUACUCCAGAAGUGAUGGGCGGCCUAAGGAGCGGCCACCACGUCAAUGGCGUGCUGGUAGUUGCUACUCAAACUGAGGCCCGUAUUUUCAAGCCGUCUAGUUCCAAGGGAGCCUCCAAAUCCUUUGACGAUGUCCUUUGCGACGCAGCCGCUAUCACCGACUUUGAGUUGCACGGUUUCGCGCUGGUGGCCACCUUCGGCGAUGGUAGCGCUCGCGCAUUCUCUCUGCCAGGCCUGAAAGAGAUCAGCAAGGCCCCGCUCCCCAUGCUCGACCCCACCCGAAGCACCAGCAGCAUCGUCUCCUCGACCGGAGAUAUCAUCGGAUGGGCUGGGCCUUCCGAACUUGUCGUCAUUCCCGUAUGGGGCACGGGCAAAGGCAAGGACCAUCUCAACAACGACGACAAGCUUGUCAACCCCGAGGCCGUGAUACCGCCCCGCCCAACGAUUUCCAACGUGCAGUGGCUGUCGGGGACGCAAUAUGUGUCGCCGACAGACCUCGACCUGCUGAUUGGUGGGCCCGACAGGCCGGCCUCGAAGAGGAUGAUGGCGGCAGCAGCGGAGGAGGCAAGGUUGGCCAGGGGAGGCGCGGGUGCAAGUUCUUCCGGGACUGGAGCAGCAAAUGAGGGAUGGGGCGAGUAUCUGCAGCGACAACUCAACGAAAGGACGGAGAAACUAAACCUCAUGGGAGACAACAUGGAGAGCCUCAACGAUCAGAGCCAGGGCUGGGCCGAUGAUGUGAACAAAUUCAUUGGCAAGCAAAAGAGGAACGUGGUGAUGGGAGGACUGAAGUCCAAGUUUUUCUGAUCCCGGCGCUCGGGUUUAUUCAUUUGACGGCACGGCUUAGAGAUAUCCAGGUAUAUUUUCUAUUCUUCUCAUUUGGCUCUCAGAGUCUUGCGCGACGCUCAAGCAAGGACUUGUGUUUCUGUGACGCGUCUUGGAACCCGAUCCCGUCUGAGUGAUCAGCCUUGCGAGAUCCAUGACACCACGCAACUGGGCUGAGUAUCACUGCAUUAGAGACUCCUAACAUGAUUGCAAUCAAAAAAAGAGUGGCACAGCAAAAGGCCAAGACCAGCAGGUCGGCCUUUGCACUGCUCGAGUCGAUGUGAGGCUUCAUGUGCUCGACGGCCCAGACCAAGCUGCCCAUGCAUAUCGCUUGAGAUCCCACAAAUGCGCCGAGCCAGUGUAACAGGUCAUUGUCGGAGAUCGGUCUCAUCAUAUUUUCUGUCCUCUGUUGUUCGCUUUCUUUUGUUGACUUCGUAGCUUGAACUCCCUGGGUUCUGGACUGGUGGAUUGUGUGUGCUCAAGGACAGGGAGCGAAGAGCGCUCGGUCCAAGGAUAGAAACGAUGGGCUUUAAUAUACUCUCGGUCGCACGUAAUCAGCCACUAACUCUCAGUUAUUGUCACACAUUUGCGAGUCACUGGAUCUUCUUGGUAUGUAAAAAGACACUACUCACUUUGUUUUCGGCGCGCAGAUUUUCUAGUACUGCUCUUGAA